CUCUGUCUUUUUCACUCCAAUUCUUGCAAUUUUCUAAAUUCUGUGUUUCUAACAGCAUUUCUCCUUCUUAAAAUCCUUUCAUUGUCCCACAAAAAAUGGGAAACAUCUUCGUUUUCCGUUUGUUACCCCUGUUUUUGUUACUGGGUUUACUCUGUUUUCCCGCACCUGCCCUCUCUGACGCCGACUUCUUGCGGGGGGAAUAUUUAACCGUUCCAACGUCAGAUUUCCUUAGCUCACUCGUGACCACCAUUGAUGCCAUAAAGAAAGUUGACUAUGCAGUGUCCAAGUUUGGCCGCUUUUUUGUUGAUUUCCGACUUGGGAAUGCAAUUUCCGAUUGCCUUGUUUUUUUGGAUUUUUCCGUGGAUGAAUUAAGCUGGACUUUGGAUGCUUCUAAGAAUCCCAAUGGUAAACAUAACAGUACCGGCGAUCUGUCUUCUGAUCUGAGGACAUGGCUUAGUGCUGCCAUGACUAAUCUAGAGACCUGUGUUGAUGGGUUCGAGGGAACGAACGGAAUGUUCAAAAGUGUGGUAGCAGAGAGCGUUGGUCAAGUCACUUCAAAGCUCCGUGAUCUGCUAGCUGUGGUGCAACCAAGUUCGAAAUCUGGGUCCAGUGGAGGCAAAAAGGGUGGCAGCGAUGGUGGGAGUCAUCGUACGUUCUUUAAUAACAAUGACCCAUUUCCGUCAUGGGUAAAACCGGAGGACAUGAAAUUGAUAGAAGCAGAUGAGGUAUCGGCUGAUGUAGUGGUGACAGCUGACGGAACCGGAAAUUUCACCAACAUAACUGCCGCGGUGGCUGCAGCACCGGACAAUUGCAUGCGCCGAUUUGUUAUUUACAUCAAGAGGGGCGUGUAUAAAGAAAACGUUGACGUUAAGAAGAAGAAAUGGAACAUUAUGAUGGUCGGAGAUGGUAUAAAUGCCACUGUAAUCUCCGGUAACUGGAGUCACGUUGACGGUCGGACCACAUUCCGAACAGCAACAUUUGGUGCAAGCGGGAGAGGAUUCAUUGCGCGGGACAUAACAUUCGAGAACACCGCCGGGCCAGAGAAACACCAGGCGGUGGCGCUCAGAUCAGACUCCGACCUGUCUGUUUUCUUCCGGUGUGAAAUCAGGGGAUACCAAGACUCACUCUACACGCACUCCAUGCGCCAGUUCUUCAAACAAUGCACCAUCCGUGGCACGGUGGACUUCAUAUUCGGUGACGCCACGGUUGUGUUCCAGGACUGCCUGAUCCUGGCGAAACAAGGCCUACCCAGUCAAAAAAACACCAUAACUGCACAUGGCCGAACAGACCCAAAUCAGCCAACCGGCUUCUCCCUCCAAUUCUGCAACAUCACCGCCGAUUCCGACCUGCUGCCAUUUAUCAACUCCACUCUGACGUACCUGGGGCGGCCGUGGAAGCCGUACUCGCGAACAGUCGUAAUGCAGUCUAACAUCAGCGACGCUGUAAGGCCGGAAGGUUGGCUGGAGUGGAACGGGACUUUACAUUUGGACACCCUGUAUUACGCGGAGUACAAGAAUAAUGGGCCUGGAUCUGAGCUGGGUAGACGAGUCCGAUGGCCAGGGUAUCAUGUACUAAAUACUUCGGUCCAGGCUGAAAACUUCACGGUGGCCCAGUUCAUUGAAGGGGAUUUGUGGUUGCCGUCAACCGGCGUUAAAUACACGGCAGGAUUAGGUGAAUAAUAAUAACCCAAAAAACGAAAAGGGGAUAAAAACUAUUUAAAUUAACUUUAUAUUUUUUCUAAAUCGGUGUGAGAGAGCUUGAGCCUUUUUAUUAGUCGUUUUCAGGUAGAAAUUAGAAUAAGAAUUAGUAUAUAUAUCCUAGAAAUGCACAUUUUCUUUUGGUCCAUGGGCUGAUAUAUUAUCUAGAUUCAAGACUCAACCCUUCAAGGCCCAUGAUUUCAGAAAUUUGAUUUUAUGUAACUGUGAAUGAAGGAGAGUGUCCUGGAAGAUUUUUAUGGUAGAUUGUGUGUGUAUGUGUGGUUUUACUUUUAACAAAGUUGGGUAAAAUUUUCUAUUGGUAUGUUUAGGAACAUGAAUUUUAUAAAGUGUAUUUGAAUUU